CAGCACCUCUCUGCUUCAAGAAGAAACCACCGGGGCAGCUUGUGUUGACCGAGUAACGCACAAAAAAAACAUGGACAGCAGAGGCUACGGUUCUGGUUACUCCAGUUGGGGAGGCGGAGGGUCGGGAAGUAGAAGUUCUGGGAGCUUUGACCUGUAUGGGGGAGGUUAUAAGGACUCCAUGUCAGGGCUCGGGGGAUAUGGAGGAGGAGGAGGAGGAGGAGGAGGCAGCCACAUGAAGAGAGGUCUCUCGGGAGCGUCCCUGCUCUCAUCCACAGGCACACAUGCAGAUGCAGUCAUUGCCAAAAUCAACCAGCGCUUGGACAUGCUCACGCAGUUGGAGGGGGGUAUGAAAGGGGGUCGAGACAGGUUUGACCAGUACGAGUCUUUCGACUCGCGUUCCUCCGCUCUCUCCUCCUCCCGAGAUCUCUACAGAUCUGGCGGCAGUAGCUAUGGUUAUGGCGAUGGCCGUGGGGACAACAUGCUGUUGGGUCAGCGAGGAGGCUCGGGCUUCGGAGGGGGAAUUGGGCUAGGGGGAGGAGGAGGCUUCGACAGCCCUUCCUCUUCCUAUGGAGUCGCUAAAAUGCGACAGAAUAUGAGGGAGUCCUUCACCAGUGGCCAGGGAGCAGGUUCUGGAGGUGCAGGAUGGGCUGGAGCAGGCCGACGUUCCCCCAGAAGGGGUGGAAGUGCUGGGGGUCGAGGAACUGGAGGAGGGUUUGGAAGCCGCAGGUCAGACCCCACUCCAUUAGGAGGAGGAGGGCGGGGAAGCGGUAGUGGUGGCCAGUCCCACCGUGGCCAUUCUCCAGGAGGUGGUAGAGGCAAGCUCCCAUCCCUCCUGUCCAACCGCAUGUACCCUGAGAGUGGGGGUUUCCAUCAGGGUUCCACUCAAGGGCCUCACGACUUUCCUGGGAGGCAUUUUGGAGGGGGCCCACGGGCCGGCCGCCAGCGAGGCCGCAAGAGACCCCUUAACAAACAGGUGAAGCCACAGCGUGAACCCCAGAAGAAGAGAAAGCAAACGCUGAGUGGAACCGAUGAGCCAGAGUCAAAGAUUAACAGGACUGAGAGUGCAGGAUCAGAAGCUACCCAAGAGCAAACAGAGAAAAACGGUGAUGACAGUGAAUCAAAGGCUGCAGCUGCGGAGACAAAAUCUACUGCUGAUGGAGAUGAUGCUGCACAGAAACAGGAGGAUAGUUCCCAGGCGAAGAAAAAGAGCCCAGCCCAGGGUCAGGACAAGCCCCCGAAAAUGAGGAAGAGGAGGGGCUUCCUGGAAAGGGUGAUGUUUGCAUGCUCUGUGUGCAAGUUCCGUUCAUUCUACAAGGAGGAAAUGGAGGCUCAUCUCGAGAGUCGCUUCCACAAGGAUCACUUUAAGUUCCUUUCCGGCCAGCUGUCCAAGCCCACCACAGACUUCCUCCAGGAUUAUCUGCAGAACAAGUUUAAGAAGACAGAGCAGAGGGUUAGUCAGUUGGAAAACCACAGUGCUUCCAUCUGCCAGAUGUACAAAGAGCAGGACCUCACCAGGGAUCUCGGUAUGGAGCACUUCAUGAGGAAGGUGGAAGCCGCCCACUGCGCAGCAUGUGACCUUUUCAUUCCAAUGCAGCCUCACCUGAUACAGAAACAUAUCAAGUCACCUGACCAUAACUACAACCGCAAGGGUAUGAUGGAGCAGUCCAAGAGAGCCUGUCUGUCCGUCGCUCGCAGCAUCCUCAACCACAAAAUCAUUGGCAAGAAGCUGGAGAGUUACCUCAAGGGAGAGAACCCGUUCACUGGUAACCAGGACGACCAGGAUCCAGAGGACUCCAUGGUGAUGGACGUGUCCGAGUUGGAGUUAACCAGCGAGACAGCAGACGGCCAGACGGAAGCGGCGCCAGUUAAAGAUGAUGCGGACCAACAGGAGGUCGAGGGUGAAGCAGCAACAGAAGCACCAGAGGAGGCGGAGGCAGAAGCAGAGGCGGAGGCGGAGGCGGAAGAAGAGGAAAAAAUGGAGGAGGGGCUAGAAAUGGAGAGAAAUGAGGAUCAGGGGAACCAAGAAGAGGAGGAAGGUUUUGAAGUGGAAGAAGAAGAAGAGGAGGAGGAGGGAUAUGUGGUGCACGAUGAGAUUGGAGAAGAUGGAUUACCGGGCGAGCAGGAAGCAGACGAAGAGGAAAGAGUGGAGGAGGCAGCAGAAGCAGCAGCAGAGGUUAAAGAAGAAGAAAAAGAAGAAAAGAAAGACGAAUGACUUUUGCACCCUGUUGUGACUUGUUGACCUUUAAAAUCAGUCUGGACCAGUCACUGACUCCCACAAUCCCAUUCAGCCCAGUUUUAUUGCCAGGCACAGUACUGAAAACUACAUAUUUUGCUCUUGAAAUUUGUCACUGUCUAUUGAGUCUCAACUUUAAAUAGUUUUUUGUUUUGUUAAAGAAAUAGUUUGACAUUUUGGGAAAUCCUUCUGUUGGCUUUCUUGCAGAGAGUUUCAUGAGAAGAUGGAAUAACAUAGUGUUUUAUUUAUGCCUACCAUCUCUCUUUAGAGGAGCUGCUGAGUGUAUUUUUGAGAACUAGGCUAGUAACUUUAUGUAUGAGGUGGUUUGUUACACAGAACCAUCUGAGAAAUCACACUUGGAAACUAUUUUGCAAAAGAGUACGCACUUCCAAAAAAAUACCUGGCAGGUGAUUGGACGAUCCAUCUGUCCAUCACCGUCUUACGUUGCCAGGCAGCUGGAUUCAUGAAGGUCACGCAAGAAUCCUCAUUUGGACGUGGAUUCGUCCAGCAGCAUGGUACUGUUAAACCGGAAACACCUCGGCUACACUUUAUUUUUAUACAGUAUGUUAGCUACACACAGCAUGGCAUGGCUGUAGUAAUGAUGCUACAUAUGCUAACUAGCUGCUAGUUGCCACGUAAGCUGGUAAAAUGGAUCCUUUUAUUUUUCUUUGUGUCUGUGGAUUGGUGCUCCCGUCACUGUUUUAGUUGGUAAUUUUGUUUGUUUGAUAUUUUUAAAACUUAUUUCGGGAUGCUCACUCUCAGUUCUGUUAUGUACUAACAUUUGGCACCAAUUAAUAUAUUAUAACCUUAAGUAACAAGUACAGUACCCCAUGCUAGUAUGACAUCCAUAGCUUUUAUCUUGCGAUGUUGUGAAUCCAGCUGUGUUGCUAGGUAACGAGGCUUAAUGGCUCUACUUCCACGCUCGGCUCGGCUCAGACCCCGUCACACAUUCUCAUUUAAAAACUUGGCAAGAAAAAAUGCCCAAAAUGUCCAGCUAUUCCUUUUUUAAAUACUUUUGCUUGUGCCUUUGUUCAAAUUCUUCUUAAUUUUAGAUACAUUUGUUUAGAAUUGUUUAAGAAAUCUUUGAGUAUUAUAAAGUUAAUAGAUUAACUUUUUUUUUUCUUUUUUUCUUAUCACAUGCCAUAGCAUUCUGUUCAUUGCCAGUAUUUAUGAUGGUGGAUGGAUGAUGGAUUGGUAAAAUGUGGAACAAGGGUGGGCUUUCUAUUCCUCAGACAGGGUGAAUGUGUGUAGGAUAAGCAUGGGAUAAUUGGAGUGGAUAUCAGUCAUGUAUAAGACAGCUUUGUUUCACAUGGUAAGAAAUAAACUUGUUGAAUAAA